AUGAAGUUAUGGUAUACCCUUACCACCUGUUUCGUCCUGCUGAGCAGCGUGCAUACGAGCCCUCUCGGGAGCCGACAGUCCACAAAAAGAACACGCGCUUCAGAGAGUCUCCAGGAGUUCCCCCCAAUGCAUCUCAGCACAUCUUCAACCAAAACAAGUCCAGAAACAGCCGACAGGGAAGAGCUAUCUGUAGAAACUAAAUGUAAGUUCAGAAAUUCUAAUUUCUUGAAUUAAAUCAGAUCUUGCUGUGUAAAUAGGUCACUGAUUUGGCUGCAAUAGGCCUCUUGGUCAGACUGGUUUUGCACUAAACAUUUUAAUAGUGUUAUUUGUUUCAGAAGCAAGACUAUUAGAAUAGAUCACUCCCAAUAACAUACCUACAAAUACCAAUUGAAUGGCCUGCGUUCCCACACUAAUUCUGGACCAGAGCUAGGUAUCAGCUAGGUGCACCUAUCAUCUGACCUAGGUUCAGAUGACAGUACCAAUCAAUACCUCAAAAUCACACUACUGUCUGUCUGAUGUACAGAUGCAGUCAAAAUAUAUUGACCCCCCCUUUGCACAAUUCGCUAUUUCUUCUAAAAUUGCCAUUCAACCAGUUUUGAAAAGAGAAAACAGAACAUUCUGGUCCAUUGCCAAAAUAUUUGACGACCUCUGUAGGGUAAUCUCAAAGAACAUAUAAUGUAGCCUACUGGCACACAAAAUAUUGUAGUUUCAUGUGAAUUCCCCCUUCUCAUCACUUUAUGUGCAUAAAUUAUAUGCAAUUUCAGUGAGAAGGUUUAAAAGUAUAUACUGCUGCUGAUGAGGUACGUACCCAGUCUUUCCAGGAUGUGCAUAGUAUAUACCUCAGACUCUAAUUUUCUCAUUUUUCUCUCUGACAGAUAACAUGGACGAGCUUCAGCCAGAGCAGUUUGAGGACGUGGUGGAUUUCAUCAGAGUCACCAUCAGUAGACUGAAGAGCUCAUCACACCUGGACACAGGCUCAAGGAUACGAAGGAAACGAGAGAGAAGGAAAGGAAGGAAGGGAGCAACCAACAGUAGAGAGGAUGGAGAGGACUGGAGGAGGGAGAGGUCUCGAAGCGGAGGAGAGAGAGGUCUCGAAGCGGAGGAGGGAGAGGGCUCGAAACGGAGGAGGGAGAGGUCUCGAAGCGGAGGAGGGCGAGGAAGAGGAAAAGGGGGCAGAGAACGAGGCUGUCUGCUCAAACAGAUCCACCUGAAUGUGACUGACCUGGGCUUAGGCUAUCAAACCAGUGAGGAAAUGAUCUUCCGCUACUGCAGCGGGCCUUGCAGGAACUCGGAGACGAACUACGAUAAAAUCCUCAUCAACCUCACCCAAAACAAGAGGCUGCUGCCGGAAACGCCGCCUCACGCUUGCUGUCGACCAGUCGCCUUUGACGAUGACCUGUCCUUCCUGGAUGACCACUUGAUGUACCAUACAAUGAAGAAGCAUUCUGCCCGGAGGUGUGGCUGUGUCUGA